GCGUAGGCAACCGGAAAUGUGACUUUAUAAAAAGCCUCAGCAAAUCGCCUGACCUUUAAAUAGAGAGAAAACCACUCGGAACACAGGCGCACAACUCGUGGUACGACUCUUUACAACAAUGAAGAUGCUAGUAUCGCUCGUCAUUUUAGCAGUGAUUUCUGCAACAUAUGGUCAGGGGGCCCCUCGGCAGAAGGACGGCUCCUGCCCGCCGGUAGACCUGGACUCCUUCGGUCUGUGUGCGGACCUAUGCGAUGCGGACGGGGACUGCCCUGGCGAACUGCUAUGCUGUCCGAACGCCUGUGGCGCCACCGUGUGUCAGGAACCAGUACUGCAGACCACAGAGGCACCGCCUGAGCCCCCGACAGAUCCAUGCCUUGAGGUGACGUGUGUGCAGCAGGGGGCGUCAUGUGAGGUCAUGAACGGUCAGGCCAUGUGCAGGUGUCCCUCCGACUGUUCUCGGUUUGGCCAGUCCCCAGUGUGUGACAUGUCGGGGAACUCUUAUAACAACCAGUGUGUGCUGGACGCCGUGGCCUGUCAGCUGGGAAUCACCUUGGAAACGGUCACGUGCCCACAGCCAACGGCUCCCGUAACCGAGGCCCCGGCUACCCAGGCGCCAGCUACCGAGGCUCCGGCUACCGAGGCCCCGGCUACCGAGGCCCCUGCCCGCCCGCAGCCCGGUACCUGUACCCUCCCGCCGAAGACCGGCCGCUGCCGCGCCUUCACGUUGCGGCACUACCACCACGCCGGGACCGGCCGCUGCCUGCGGUUCGUGUACGGAGGGUGCGGGAGUAACGGGAAUAACUUCAGGAGCCUGGCGGAGUGUCAGCGGCAGUGUGGCGCCCCUCCCCCGUACACACCCGGGCAGCAGGAUCCUGACGUCUGCAGUCUUCCGCUAGACGCCGGGCCAAAAUGUGGGCAGUUUCAAGUCAGGUACUACUACCGUUCAGAAGACGAAGGGUGUCAUCUGUACGUCCACGGCGGUUGCCAAGGCAACGGAAACAGCUUCGUCAGUAGGAAAGCAUGUGAGGCCCGGUGCAAACCAGCUGCCUGCGCCCCAUGCCCUGUCCGCUGGUCAGAAAGACUGUCUAAGCACUACUGCCACAGCGGCUUCGUUAUCACCGGAAGGGUGACGAACAUCCGGCGGGUCAGCCCAUUGGACGACAGGAGCAUCGUACAGGUGCGCGUUACCGAGAUGCACCGCGGUGGCGGCCUCGUUCUGGACGGGCGCACGCGCACUGCCAUGAUCAUCACGGAGAAUCAGUUUGCGGAAUGCGCAUGCCCAAAUCUGUCUGAAGGUAACAACUACAUCUUGAUGGGCGACGUGAGUGGAGGGUACGGCAUGGUAUCCAGAUGGAACUACGCACGACCACUGGACAGCGCCGCCUACCGGGACCUGAUGAAUGUGCACCACUCUGGGAACCCCUGCAGAGGUUACGGGCGCUAAGUCAAGGAUGGAUUUGGACGCGUGUGUUUUCAACA